CGCGCCACUCUCACUGCCAUCAGAGGCGUCGACUGAAGCAAUUAAACUGCUACAUACAGGUUCCGUACUGCAGCGUGUGGCGAGCUAACUAACGUUUUCGGAAUGGCCAUCAAGUAGAGGUUGGGCCUUCCCCAGGUCCUCAGACUUCGCCAUGAGCUCCUUCCAAUUGUACUGUCAAACGCGCAACGCGUAGCAGGCUGACCGUGUGCGAGUCGCACUCAGCACACGUUUAGCCUGCGCUCUUCACAUCGCUUGUCUCUCCACUCUUAAUAUCUCAAUGUCGCCGUCCCUUUACGAAAGACUACCCAGUCAAGGCAAUGGACACUGUUCGACGCUCCACUCGCGUCCGUACGCACGUGAAAAGCUAUGCUGAGGCGGCUGAUGCGUUGGCAGUGAAGUAUCCGUCGAACAAGCGCGGCAAGAGAGCGGCAGAUUUUGACAAAGAUGCUGAUUCGGAGGUCGAGCAAGUCCGUGCCAAGCGUAAGAAGAUGAAGGCUGCAGGCUUCGCAGACGACGAGUACGGUGGCGACAGCGUCGUUGAUGUCGAUGCCGAGGACGCCGCGAGCAACAAGAAAGCUACCAGGAAGAGAGGUGGCAAGAAGAACACAGACCCUCCACCGCUCUCCGAGCAAGUCAGGGUCAAGCCACACUCGAAGGUCUACCCGACACUGUCAAGAUACGCAAAGAAAGGCAACGACUGGCAUGCGGAUGCUGCUGCCACCCGCAUUCAGCGCACCAAGUCCAAAGUAAAAGAAUUGUCGCCAGGCAGAGAGGAGACGCGUCUCCGUAGCUACGUCGAAAAGCCAAGCGACGAGUAUCUGACCUUCCUCAACCGCGCCAAGACGCAGAAGAUGGUCGUUGUCGAGCGUGAGCGCAAUGUCGAGCUCCACUGUCACGCCGGCCAUGAUGACUACCCCUGCGAGACGCUGAAGAUUGCCGGCUCGCGCGGCAAUAUCUACACCGUCGAGAUCACUCACAUGCCCAGCUGCACUUGUCCGGUGAACCUCUUCAAGAAGGGUGGAAAUGAGAAAUGCUGUAAGCACAUUCUCUACGUCCUCCAUCACGUGCUCAAGGUCCAUGAGCAUCUCGAGUACCAGGAUGCCUUCCUCACCUGCGAACUACGUGAGAUCUUUGCCAACGCCCCACCAAUGCCCACCGAAGUCGGCAAGGAUGUCGUCAAAGAUGGCCAUCGCAAGGACAUCGAGGGUGACUGCCCGAUCUGCUUCACGGAGUUCGAUGACAACGACGCCACGAUCUGGUGCCGUGCUGCUUGUGGCAACAAUAUCCAUCAGCAAUGCUUCGAUCGAUGGGCGAAGGUUCGUGCUGGGAACAUCACUUGUCCUUUUUGCCGCACUCUGUGGCAGAGCGAGACGGGUCCGAACAAGCAGAGGGUCAAGGUGGCCGCAGUUCAGAUGCCAACAGAGCGUGGUGCUGGUGGGUACUACAAUGUUGCGAACCAGCUCGAGGAUGCCUGAUCGCGAAUCGAAGGUUCAUGUCGCUAUCGUUGUUGAUGUUUGGACAAUGGAAGCUCUGAGACGUAAAGAGCCAGAACAACUUUGCAUUUAGUUGUAGGGUUUCCGCUAAUGUUCACUCAAGACGAGGUGCAGAAGUCGCCCGUACGACCUGAUUGUUGCGACCAUCGUCGUUCGCAGUAUAAAUGUAACAGAUUGUCGGAUGCAAUAUUAUAACGAUCAAAUAAUGUCCGUCAAGCUUUUGCCGCACAAUUGCUAUUUCCGGCUAGCGGCAACGCAAAUGUGGAUCGUCGAAUGCACAACACCCGUCGGCCUAGCGGGGAGAGGUGCAUGGAUGAGCUGCAAGUUUC